UGUUAUUUUCUAUGAUUUUAAUAUAAAUUAGAACUUUUGUAUAUUUUGUAGAAAUAGUACAUGUUAUCGUAUUAAUGAUUAUACAUAUAAAUGUGUAUGUGAUCAAGUUCAUACAGGAAAAAAUUGUCAAGAUAUUGUACCAACAAUAAAUCGUUAUGGCUUAUUUCAUAGUGCAUGUGUUCGACAAGAUGAUUGUGAUAUUUCACUUGGUUUAAUUUGUUUUCCUGAACGACGUUGUGCUUGUAUGGAUGGUUAUACAUGGACUAUAGAUAAAGAAAAAUUACAUACAACAGGUCAAUGUGAACCACUAAAUAGUUGUUUUCAAUCACCAUGUCUUAAUCAAGGACAAUGUGAACAACGUAAUGGUACAAAUGAUUAUAUAUGUCAUUGUCGACAAGGUUAUGCUGGAAAAAAUUGUCAAAUACAAUCACGUGAUCGUUCAAAUCAAUGUUAUACAGGUUUUUGCUUAAAUGGUGGUUCAUGUUAUAUUAAUAAUAAUGAUCAAAUGGAAUGUUAUUGUUCACCGGGUUAUAUGGGUCGUUAUUGUGAUAUACCUAUAGGUCCAUGUUUUUCAAAUCCAUGUCCACAUCCAGAAUCAAUUUGUUUAAGUAUACAAGAUGGUUUUGUUUGUUUAUGUAAUGAUAAUAAAUUAUUAGAACCAUAUUGUAAUACGUCAAAAUAUUGUCCUGGUUCAAUAUGUAAUGGUCAUGGUACACGUUGUACAUUAAUUGAUACAUGUUCAACUGAACAAAUAUGUCAUCCAUCAGCAACAUGUAUACCAAUGGAAAGAGGAAGUUAUUGUGCAUGUCCACCGGAUCGAACAGGACCUACAUGUCAUGAAGAAUUUUGGCUUGAUCCAUGUUUAAGCAGUUUAGCAACUUGUCUUCAUCAUGGUACAUGCACGUCAUCUCCUGCUUUAUUAUUAUCAUCAUCUUCUUCUUCUCAAUUAUAUAAAUGUGCUUGUACAGAAGCAUAUACAGGUUCACGUUGUGAAAUUGAAUUAUCUUGUCCAUCACAACGUUGCCUUCAUAAUGGGACAUGUCAAAGAAAUAUUCAGUUUGGUUAUUUUGAAUGUUUAUGCACGUCUGAUUAUUUGGGGUCAAGUUGUGAACGAGCAAUACCAACUACAACUUUACAAAGUCCAUGUGCAUUGUUACCCUGUUUUAACAGUGGUACAUGUUCAGAAACAUCAAUUGGAGGUUUUGUAUGUGUUUGUUUACCGAAUUUUACGGGUAUACGUUGUGAAGAUAUAAUCACAACAACAACAACAAUAACAACAAUAACAACAACAAUAACAACAACUAUUGAACAAUUAGUACGAAUAAAUGAUCCAUGUCAAAAUCAUCCAUGUUUAAAUGCAGGAAGUUGUAUACUGAAUGGUGUUGGUGGAUUUAUAUGUCAAUGUCUUAAUGGAUUUAGUGGAAAUCGAUGUGAAAUUCGUGUUGAUAUUGCACCAUUACAAAGUUCGACUUUUUCAUUAAUUAAUCUUGCUUGGAUUAUACCAAUUUGUCUCCUUCUUCUUGUUGUUAUAACAAUGUUAAUUGGUUUUAUUUGUUGUCGACAUCCAUCACGACAUAGAAAAGGAGAUCCUGUUUAUAUGAGUGAACAAGCAUCAUAUCCAACAAUGGGUAUUACUGGACAUACAAAAUAUCGAGAAUAUUCAAAUCCGGGUUUUGUUAUUUCAUCGAACAUAUGUCGAGAGUAG